UUCAAACUAGUGGCGGGCGCAAGCGGACCGGUGGGAUCUCCCAGCGACUAGUGUACCGCGGAGGAGUCCUUACCCAUGGAUCUGAUUCAAAGCUUCCACGCGAAGCUACGGUCCCUGGCCAUCACCCUAGACAGCGAGACGGCUCGGCUGCAGCGAGCACUGGACGGAGAGGAGAGCGACUGUGAAGAUUAUCCAAUGAGAAUUUUAUAUGACCUUCAUUCAGAAGUCCAGACUCUAAAGGAUGAUGUCAGUAUUCUUCUUGAUCAAGCAAGUUUGGAAAGUCAAGAAAGCAUUGGUUUCAUAAAGGCAACAAAAGUACUGAUGAAAAAAAAUUCAGUGGAUAUCAUGAAAAUAAGAGAGUUUUUCCAGAAGUAUGGAUAUAAUCCACGUGCCAAGAAAGAUUCAGUGGAUGAACAAGAAAUCAUUGACUCUGAAUCAGAGUCCACUAAGCAUGAAAAUUUUCAAAUGCCUGAUGUGAAGGACAGUCUAUCUGAUCCUGCUAUUCUGAGGACUUCUGGUUCUGAGAAGUCUCCACGGAGUCCACAACUUUCCGAUUUUGGACUUGAACGGUACAUGAUAUCCCAAGUUCCACCAAACCCUCCACGGGCAGUAAAUGACCAUGAGGAAGAGCCAAAAAAUUUAACUCCAUCUUCUAAACAGUCACUAGUUAAAGUACUAAAAACUCCAAAAUGUGCUCUGAAGAUGGAUGAUUUUGAGUGUGUAACUCCUAAAUUAGAACACUUCGGUAUCUCUGACUAUACUGCCUGUUUAAAUGAAGAUUACACAAUGGGACUUAAAAAUAUGAAGGAGAAUAAAAGGGAAGAGGCCACAGAACCAGAACCAAUGACCAGUGAUAAUUUCUUUGUCACUCCUGGCCUCCAGCAGUUGAAAAAAAAUGAUGCUGACUGUGCAGAUUCUCCCUUAGCACCUACAUUCUGCACUCCUGGUUUGAAAAUUCCUCCUACAAAGAACAAUACAGCUUUGGGGUGCACAGAUUAUCCAUUACCAAAAACAAAUAGUUCAUCAAAUGAUUUGGAAAUGAAAGACUGUACAUCAUUAGUUUUAAAUUCAGACAAGUGUUUUGAGAGUUUUGCGGAUCCCUCUUCUCCUGUAAUUUCUUCUUAUGAGAAUCUCCUGAGAACACCUACACCUCCAGAAGUAACUACCAUUCCAGAAGAUAUUCUCCAGAUUUUAUCAAAAUACAACUCAAACCUAGCAACUCCAGUAGCAGUGAAAGCCGUGCCACCCAGCAAAGGGCUCCCCACUAAACACGAAGGACCAAACAUUCGAGGUGUUGGCAACAAAGAAAACUGGUGAAGAGCUUGUUAACCCUGGAAUUCAGACUUCACGAGCAGUUGGAUGACAUCAUUGGGAAUGUAUACCCAGUUAUUUUUAUUAUUGUUAAAGUAUAUAGCCACAAUAUUCUAUCAUUUGUUUUAUUGGUGUCUAUUAAUUAUGCUUGAUUUUUUUAAAAAAAUUGCAUCUUUUUGCAGAAGUUCUAAUGGAUCCCACCCACUAUAGAAACUGAACAGAAAGUUGAAAGCAGAUCGGGACUUUGUUAUUCACAUUGCCCUACAUUUCCCCCCUUCUUAAAAACCAACCCAUAUUGAAGAUGAUCAUGGACA